CAGGCACGGUGAGCGAGUGAUUUCAAACGCUCCCGCCGUGCGGCUCCCGAGAUGCCCGCUGGAGGCCGGCUCGGUGCAUUAAUUAAUAAAUAAGAGGGGAGCCAUCUUGUUGGUGGUGUAGGAGGCGAGCGCAGGAGAUGAGGAGGCUGACAGGUAGCCGCUGACAGGCCCGGGAGCCGAAUGGACACCUCAUAGGCCAAGGUUUCUAAUGAAUUCAGAAGGGAUUAUCUGGGGUUCAAUGUCAGCGUGAGGACAUAUUACUGAAUUUCAUCAUUCAGUUAGCUUGCUAAUUGUCCUCUUCAGCAUUGCCAUGGCUCAGGAAGCUCAGAGAAAAGCCAACUUUUCGGCACUGGCAGGUCACACUAAUGGGUUAACAAAGCCUGCAUCUCUUGCAUCAAAACCUGGAGGAUCUAGGAAGCUGGUCAUCAAAAAUUUUAAAGAUAAACCAAAAUUGCCUGACAACUAUACCCAGGAUACAUGGCAAAAACUCCAAGAAGCAGUAAAUGCCAUAGAAAGCAGCACUUCUAUAAAGUAUAACCUAGAAGAACUUUACCAGGCAGUUGAAAAUUUAUGUUCUUAUAAAGUCUCCCACACACUGUACAAGCAACUCCGUCAAGUAUGCGAGGAACAUAUGAAGGCCCAGAUUAACCAGUUCAGGGAAGAUUCUCUUGACAGCUUUCUAUUUUUAAAAAAAGUUAACAAAUGUUGGAUGGAUCACUGUAGACAAAUGAUUAUGAUCAGAAGUAUUUUCCUAUUCUUGGAUCGGACGUAUGUCCUUCAGAACUCAAUGCUUCUGUCAAUAUGGGAUAUGGGAUUGGAUCUGUUCCGCAGCCAUGUCAUAAGUGACAGACUGGUUCAGAGUAAGACUAUUGACGGUAUCUUGCAGCUUAUUGAUAAAGAGCGCUCUGGAGAGGCUGUCGACCGUAGCUUGCUACGAAGUUUACUGAGCAUGCUGUCCGACUUACAAGUAUACAGAGAGUCCUUUGAAGUGAGAUUUUUGGAGGAAACAAAUUGCUUGUAUGCUGCUGAAGGGCAAAGAUUAAUGCAAGAGAGAGAGAUCCCAGAAUACCUUCAUCAUGUAAACAGGAGAUUGGAAGAAGAAGUGGACAGAGUUAUCACUUAUUUGGAUCAUGGGACUCAUAAACCACUUAUAGCUUGUGUGGAGAAACAACUACUGGGUGAGCACUUGGCUGCCAUACUUCAAAAAGGUCUGAAAAACAUGCUGGAUGAAAACAGAGUCCCAGAUCUUACCCUUAUGUAUCAACUCUUCAGCAGGGUAAAAGGUGGUCAGUUAAUAUUGCUGCAGCACUGGGGGGAGUACAUAAAAAGUUUUGGGAGUUCAAUUGUUGUGAAUCCUGAAAAAGACAAAGACAUGGUGCAGGAGCUGCUGGACUUUAAGGACAAAGUGGACCAUAUAAUCGAUGUUUGCUUUCAGAAGAAUGAGAAAUUUGUCAACAUGAUGAAAGAAUCGUUUGAAACGUUCAUCAACAAAAGAGCCAAUAAACCAGCAGAGCUCAUAGCCAAAUAUGUUGAUUCAAAGUUACGUUCCGGAAACAAAGAAGCAACUGAUGAAGAAUUGGAGAGGUUCCUUGAUAAAAUUAUGAUCAUUUUCAGAUUUAUUCACGGUAAAGAUGUAUUUGAGGCAUUUUACAAAAAAGAUCUUGCAAAAAGGCUUCUAGUGGGGAAAAGUGCAUCUGUUGAUUCAGAGAAAUCGAUGCUAUCAAAACUUAAACAUGAAUGUGGAGCUGCGUUUACCAGCAAGCUGGAGGGAAUGUUUAAAGACAUGGAACUCUCCAAAGAUGUGAUGAUACAGUUCAAGCAGUAUAUGCAGCAUCACAGUGAUCCAGGUAGUAUAGACCUGACCGUGAAUAUACUGACAAUGGGAUACUGGCCAACCUAUACACCAAUGGAUGUUCAUUUACCGGCAGAGAUGAUAAAACUCCAGGAGAUAUUUAAGACAUUUUAUUUAGGAAAGCACAGUGGAAGGCGACUACAGUGGCAGUCAACACUGGGACAUGCUGUACUAAAAGCAGAAUUUAAAGAAGAGAAGAAAGAGCUGCAGGUAUCUUUGUUUCAAACUCUGGUGCUUCUUAUGUUUAAUGAGGGGGAUGAAUUCAGUUUGGAAGAUAUUAAAAUGGCUACAGCAAUAGAGGACAGUGAGCUGAGACGAACUUUGCAAUCACUAGCAUGUGGCAAAGCUCGUGUUUUGAAUAAGAUACCGAAGAGCAAAGAUGUGGAAGAUGGAGACAAGUUUAACUUUAAUGGCGACUUCAAGCACAAACUCUAUAGAAUAAAGAUUAACCAAAUUCAGAUGAAAGAAACUGUAGAAGAACAAGUUAACACAACAGAAAGGGUCUUCCAGGACCGACAGUACCAGAUUGAUGCUGCCAUUGUACGCAUAAUGAAGAUGAGGAAAACUCUGACCCACAACCUUCUAGUAUCGGAGCUUUAUAAUCAGCUGAAAUUUCCUGUAAAGCCUGGUGACUUGAAAAAAAGAAUUGAAUCCCUCAUUGACAGAGACUACAUGGAAAGGGACAAAGAGAACUCCAAACAGUACCACUAUCUGGCAUGAGGAACAAACCAGUGCUAUUGUCCAAUGACUUAAUAGAGAGAGAACUGUAUUGGCCAGAUGGGACUUUCAGUGAUAACCUUUAUGGUGAAGUUAUAUCACUGGUAUAAGCAAAAUAAAUCUACUCUUCAUUGACCCACCCUUAAUGCGCCUUAGUAAUAUUGAAUUAGCAUUUUCUUUAUAUAUAUUUUUUUUUUUUUUUGGUGUGACCGUUUAGCAUAUAUGGUUACUAGCUCUUUUAUUAUAAGCAACAUGUAAACUCCAUUUCCUACUAUUUCUCUCUGCCUUUUUGCAGUGACUGAUCUCUUUCUAGUUUUCAUUUCUUUCUUCGCUUUCCUUUUAUCUUCCAUACUUGUGUUUUGGGUUUUUUUUCUGCCUCGAUUGCACAUAGUGACUGCAUCUACUAACAGUCCCUUAAUGCUGCAAUAUUUAUUAUUGGCUCCAAGGGUUCUAAAACAGGAUGUCCCAAUUUUGUGUUUUUUCGAUUUAUUUUGGGAAAUAAACCAGCUACAGAAAUUCUACUUAUAUUUUUCUCCUUUCCCAGCUGUAUACUGCUAAAGAAAUAGUGUUUCUUAUACAGGCUGUUCACUGGUAUUUGAGGGCUAUGAGAUUUGAAUGUGGUGGUAGGAGUGAUGUGAUAUGUUUUCUGGUUUUCGGUAGUUACGGACUACUUCCAGUAUUGGUUUGAAUAUAUGUUUAUACAAUGCCAUCUGCUCUUAAAUUUGAUAUAGACCUGUAGCUUACUGCAAUUGCUGUAACAGUAAUUAAAACAGGUAAUUCUAAUCUUAGCUUACAGUCCUCGUUUGGCUGCAUAUUUACAAAUAUUUUGGAUGAGAUCUCCAUUACUGCUUAUACUGAUUUUUCUGUAGAAAGCGUAUACGUUAAUAUGCAAAGGAUGCAUUUCAUUCAGAGUUGUAUGGUUACUAAUGAAAAAGAAAAAACCCACAAGCAGUAGAUUUUACUCCUGCUUCUAGUACUAGUGGAUUCUGGAUUUGGACCCCCCCAAUUCAAGGAUGCUUUGCAGCUGUUUCAAGAUAUAAUUGAUACAGAUUGAUACAAAUUUCUUCUGCUGUAGCACUUAAUUAAUACAUUCAUUACUACAAAUUAUUGCUGCCACUUUAAGAACAGCAUUCAAUAUGCAAUUUCUAAAGGUAAAUGACAUUUCAAAUUAGCACAUUUGUACACUGUAAACACUGUAAAGUAUGGGUAUUUGCAUUUGCUAAUAAAACAUUUUAAAGCAGAA